GUGUGUGUCAACUGAGUCCUCCUGACCUAGCUGCCUCCAAGUAAAACCUCUGUUUCCCUUCCUCUUCCUCUCUUUUUCUCCACUUGUUGUAUUCAUUUGAUUAUUUUCUUACAUAAAUAAACUACUCCCCCUUCAUUUUCCUUCAUCUCAUUUUCAACUCCAUUUCUCUCUCUCAUCUUUCCCUCCUUCCAAUUUCCCCCAAACCUGACUCCACCCUUUCAACUUCACACUGAGAGAACCAGAAAAACACACACACACACACUAAUUACUUUUCAGUCCCUAUAAAUACACAUCCUCUUCCAUUUCUACCCUCACUAUCUUCUGCCUAUGGCCUGGGCAAAGCAGAACAAACUCGUGUGGGCGACGGUGGUGUUGUUACUACUAACAUGGUGUUUCUCCGCCGUGAAAGGAGGCAGCAGCAACCACCACAAGAAUGCGUACGCCACCAUGAUGUACGUCGGAACCCCGAGGGACUACGAGUUCUACAUCGCCAUACGCGUCCUGUUCCGGUCGCUGGCGAACCUCAACGUCGAUGCCGAUCUCGUUGUCAUUGCUUCCAUCGAUGUCCCCAUUCGAUGGAUUCAAACACUUGAAAAGGAAGAUGGUGCCAAAGUGGUAAGAGUGAAUAAUCUGGACAAUCCUUACAAGCACCAAGAUAACUUUGACAAGAGAUUCAAGCUAUCACUGAACAAACUAUACGCAUGGAGCUUAGUGGACUAUGAGAGAGUGGUCAUGUUGGAUGCUGACAACCUUUUCCUUCAAAACACGGAUGAGUUGUUUCAGUGUGGACAAUUCUGUGCAGUCUUUAUCAAUCCUUGCGUUUUCCACACAGGCCUUUUCGUCUUGCAGCCAUCAGAGGUGGUGUUCAAGGACAUGGUUCAUGAGCUAAUGAAUGGGAGAGAGAAUCCAGAUGGUGCAGACCAGGGUUUCAUAGCUAGCUACUUCCCUGACUUGCUUGAUAAGCCAAUGUUUCAUCCAACUCCAAAUGGCACCAAGCUUGAUGGAACUUAUAGGCUUCCUUUAGGUUAUCAAAUGGAUGCUUCAUACUACUAUCUUAAACUUCGCUGGAGUAUACCCUGUGGACCAAAUAGUGUCAUUACAUUCCCCGGUGCACCGUGGUUGAAGCCAUGGUAUUGGUGGUCUUGGCCUGUCCUGCCAUUAGGCCUGCAGUGGCAUGAACAACGUCGUCAAACUUUGGGGUAUGGUACAGAGAUGGCUGUGAUACUUAUUCAAUCUGCAAUAUAUCUGGGGAUAAUAGCAAUGACGCGUUUGGCAAAGCCAAGCCUCUCAAAGCUGUGCUAUCGUCGCACUGACAAGAGCAUCACCUUCAUGCAGAACAUUCUCAAAUUAGUAGCCUUGUGGAGUAUCCUUGCUGCUUACACAACACCAUUCUUUCUCAUUCCUCACACGGUUCACCCUCUGCUGGGCUGGCCUCUGUACUUGCUCGGUGUCUUUGCGCUGUGCUUGAUUGCAACCAACACCUUUCUGCUGCCCACGUUACCGGUUUUGAUGCCGUGGCUCGGGUUUAUCGGGACCUUGCUGGUCAUGGCGUUUCCCUGGUAUCCAGAUGGGGUAGUGAGAGCUUUGUGUGUCUUUGCUUAUGCAUUCUGUGCUGCACCAAUUGUUUGGGCAUCUAUGACGAGGAUAAUGGUGGGGCUUCAGCUUUCUCUUGAAAGGGAAGCUUUUUUGCCAAGAUUGGGAGAAUCUUCACCACCUUCUUGGUUUAACAAGUUAUAUUGAGCUAUCUAAUUUGACUACAGAGAAAGUCCCAAUACCCCAAGUGUUGUUUGUACAGAGCACUUGUUUGUGGGGGAGGUAGUGCCAUGGAUUCAGCACCAUUUGAGAUGUUACUGGUUGAGAUUAUUCAUUCUUUUUGAACCAAGAGUCACAUGCAUCCACUAGGAUGAGGAAUAUGAGGGAGUUAGUCUGUAUAUAUAAGACUGUUUUGCUAUAUUGUUCACAUAUCUGCACUCUGUGCCUGAUUUGUAUUGAUAUUUUGUAACAUUGGGCAACAUAGUUGGGCACAUUGGACCAUUUAACAACUCUGAAUCUCUUUGCUAUUUUGAUA